AUGUCAUCUUCUCCCUCUCCCCUACCCCCAACUCCAGCAUUCUCCUCGCUCUCUCUCCAAGCCAGUGGCCCCCGCGGCAAUGCAUGGGGUCUACAUGGCCCUACCGACCAACUCGGAUGCCUCAACCGUCUCACUCCCGAGAAUACCAUUGAAGCUGCCAAGGAAAUAAAAUACGGCAUUCGAAUAUCUACCGACUGGGCUUUAGAUAAACCUAAAGUUCCCUGCUUUAGACAUUUUGGAUAUCAAGACGCAAAGAUUUACUUCAAUGGGUGCACCCAAGAAGAAAUCCACAAUUCAACACGAAAUGGAAUCGAUGUCUGGGUAGAAAAUGGCGGCAUAGUGGGUCGUGGUGUUCUUCUUGACUACGCAUCCUGGGCCGAGUCCCAAGGUCGUAAAGUCAACCCUCUAACAACAAUCAACAUACCCCUAUCCGAGAUCAAAGCUGUGGCUGAAGCUCAAAAUGUCACAUUCCGUCCAGGUGACAUCCUCUUCAUUCGUACUGGGUACCUUCGUGCUUUUGAAGCUCUGUCUUCUUCCGAAGCGGCUGCCCUCGCCACCGCUUCCAAAAUGACAACGAUAGGCCUUGAGGCUUGCCCUGAAGUACUAGAAUGGCUAUGGAGUCAUGAGUUCUCCGCUGCUGCUGGAGACCAACCCGCUCUGGAAUCUCUUCCUUUUAACCUUACAAAUCAAUACUGGAUGCACGAAUGGCUCCUUGCUGGAUGGGGAAUGCCAAUUGGAGAGCUAUUUGAUUUGGAACGAUUAGGAGAAGAGUGUAGAAAAUUGAAGAAGUGGACAUUCUUUUUUAGCAGUGUUCCUUUAAAGGUACCUGGAGGUGUUGUGAGCCCUCCAAAUGGGGUUGCUAUUUUGUGA